GGAGCAGAGACUAGAAGGUUCUGUUCGCGCCGGUUCAGUGUCGUCGCCGGAGCCGCUGGGAGAUAAGUGACCACCGGGCGUUAUACAGACAAGGGCAGGAGACAUGGCCAAUUUCAACAGGGGACCGGCCUACGGGCUCUCCGCGGAGGUCAAGAACAAGAUUGCUCAGAAAUAUGACCUUCAAGUAGAAGAGGAGCUGCGUUCAUGGAUAGAGGAGGCCACCGGCAUGAGCAUUGGGGAAAGUUUCCAGCUGGGACUGAGAGACGGUGUAAUUCUCUGCCAUCUCAUUAAUAAACUGCACCCGGGAUCCGUAAAGAAAAUUAAUGAAGCCAAGAUAAACUGGCACAAGCUGGAGAACAUCGGGAACUUCAUCAAAGCCAUGCAGGAUUACGGGAUGAAGCCACACGACACCUUCGAAUCCAAUGACCUCUUUGAGAACGGAAACAUGACUCAGGUUCAGAUAUCCCUGGUAUCCCUGGCCGGGCUGGCCAAAACAAAAGGCUUCCACACGACCGUAGACAUUGGAGUGAAAUACGCAGAGAAGCAGAGGAGACAGUUUGAUGACGAGAAACUAAAGGCCGGUCAGAGCGUCAUUGGCUUACAGAUGGGAACCAACAAAUGUGCAAGUCAAGCCGGUAUGACCGCCUACGGUACCAGAAGACAUUUGUAUGACCCAAAGAUGCAGACCGACAAACCAUUUGAUCAGACGACCAUAAGCUUACAAAUGGGGACAAACAAAGGGGCAAGUCAGGCGGGCAUGGCGGCACCAGGAACAAGGAGGGAUAUCUAUGAUCAGAAAGGAAUUCUGCAGCCCUUGGACAACUCCACAAUUUCAUUACAAAUGGGCACCAAUAAAGUGGCAUCUCAGAAGGGGAUGAGCGUCUACGGCCUAGGGCGGCAAGUGUAUGACCCCAAGUACUGCGCUGCCCCCACAGAACCCAUCAUACACAACGGCAGCCAAGGCACCGGAACGAAUGGCUCAGAAAUCAGUGACAGCGACUACCAGGCAGAGUACCCCGAGGAGUACCCAGGGGAGUACCCAGAUGAUUAUCCUAGAGAUUAUCACGGCCAGUACAGUGACCAGGGCAUAGAUUAUUAGAGAUUAGUCUACUCAGUAUUAGUUCAUUAUUUUAUUCAAUGAAGACCAAGCUAGCCUUGUGUAAUUUUAUCUGUCUUCCUUAAAACACUACUAUGCUUUAAUAUGGAAAGAAAAUUUGCCUUAUGUACAUUCCUUUUUAUUUUUCUCCUUCCCGUUCUGCCUUUCGUAUCCCUAGUUGCCUUGUAAGUGCUGAGACAGGACGUUCCGCCGCGUUACUAAGAAUUGUGUAUGAAGUUAAAAGGAAUACUGUGAAUAAUGAAGGGAGAUUUUGUACAGUUUUGCUAUAUUCGGACUAUGCAUUUUACAUAUUAAGAUGCAUGCUUGGGUCAUAAUACGAUUUUACAGCGCUUUUGGUAGUUUUAUGUAUCGAUGAGCAUCUAAAAACAGAUUACCAGUGGCCGUCGUGAGCUUUUUAGCCCCUUUUUUUUUUAGAUAUCAGUUUUAUUGCCUUAUGGUAUGAAUGUGGAGCCAUCGUGCAUAGGUCGAAGGCAGCCAUUUUUGUGGGCAUGAAUAAAGCCUCAUGAUUGAGGCACACUGUAUGUGCCUCAGUUCUCUCAAUAUGAACCUCUUCUCAGUGAAAUAUAGGCUGAUUCAUUUAUUAUUUUAUUUUUUCAGUUUUACAACACUAGCGUUGUGCCAAUCCCGGCCAUGCCCACUUCUCUUAAGACUAUGGGCAGCGUAGGAGAAAUUCAGAAUGCAUUCCCACUUCAUAUAUUAGCGUGACCAAGUAAAUGGACGCUCAUCUGGGAUAAUCUGCCCUUGUAUAGGAGGCUUCAUCCUUCAGUGUUUGUGGUGGUAUCUGCACUUAAAAAGCCAUAACUCCGUAAGAGGGCAAGGGGGGUGAAGCCUCGUGGUAGACCGAUAGGAGCGGUGCCACACGUAAUCAUUACCAAGGCACCGUGAUAAUGGAGCUCGUGUAGAUUUGCAUAUUUCGCCUCAAACACUUCAAUGCACCAAGAACUUCCUCAUCCCCCACAGCAAGACUUUGGCUUUCCUUUCCAAAACUUCAUUAGGAGAACAGAUUUGGGGGUUAUGGGCAAUUUUGAUAUGAGCUUGAGGGUCUUGAGGUCCAGUUUGUUUUUGUGAUCUUGUCUGGAUAUACUGGAAGAACAACGUCCUUGGUUUUAGGAGAGGUAACCUCAGAACGUUUCUAUUCAGUGCCUGGAUUUGUUUAAAGCCGAAGGUUGACUGAAGGGCUGAUAGUGAAGAGGUUAUAUCGUAGAAUACAUUCCUGUGCAUACAAAAGUGCCAGUAGGGGGCAGAUUACAAUUUCUUGUCUUAAUUUGCUGGAUGCCAGGAAAUCACACCUUAUAUUGCCAAUAGAUGCACAGUCUACGGAAAGUGUGAGGGUUUCUCUUCUGUAUAGUGUACGCAGGUUUUGGUGGCUUCAGAGUAAGGCCCCAUUCACACAACUGUAUUCUUAGACUGCAUCCAAUCUGUAUUUCAAUGGGGCCACAAAACAAUGCGGACAGUACAUCUGUAUGUCCGUUCCGCAGUCACGGAAAAAAGAUAGAACAUGUCCAAUUUGCAGACAAGAAUAGGCAUUGUACCGAUGGGUCUGCAAAAAAAAAAACUAAAACGUAUGCCACACAGACAUCAUCCAUAUUGUUUGCAGCCGUGUGAAGGCACCCUAAACCUAGUGUUUAUGUAGCAUGCGGGUUACUAUGGGGCUAGAUAUUUGGCACCUGAUUCUGCAUUGUGCUUACCACAACAUUCUGGUGGCUUGUGGACUUCAGCUGAGCCACGAUGGUUGUCCCCUGCCUUGUGAACUAGAGCAGUCUAUAUAAUGACCAAGGACGUGCAUGUUCAUUAUUUCGCCAUGCAGUGUACCCACACAACACAUUCCAGAAUGGAAAUUCAUGUUCCAGCAUGGCAGGGGAGGCAUGCAUGACUGAAGGUUAGGACGGGUGAGGGACCUCAUUCUCAGUGAUGCAGAAUGUGUAGAACAUGGUUUCCCCUUGAUGCUGCUGUGCCAGAGUUGGCAGGGAAAAUUCAGCGCUUUUUCUUAAUCUGCAUUGUCAAUGCUCAACUUGUCUUUAAAAAGGGAGUGUCUCCAAAAUGUCGGACCAUGCAGAUGUCUUCAUUUCUCCAGGGCUCAGAAAGUCUUCUCGGCCUACAGGAUCAUAAUGACAGUGCAUUUACAUUUUGUGCCAUAUUGUACCCAUGUAGAUGUGCUUUGUUUCUUUUAUGUGUAUUUAUUGUCACAUUUCUCAGCCUAAACUGAUCCCAAUGUAUUUUUUUAUAAAUAAAUUUUGAUAUUUUUUUUUUUCCUGAAGACAAAA